AUGAAGGAGCCCAUUUCUGUCAGCGCCCUGGCAGAUGACCAUCACUGGACUGGAGCCAAAGGUAACCCUUUUGGUGACAGAAGAAAGGAGCCAGAAGAAAUGGCAAAGCACAUGUGUGUCAAAGAAGGCUGUGACUCAAACCAUCUGGGCACAAAGGCAGUUGUUAAAAACACAGGAGAACGGCAACCAGAAUGUGCAAAAGUCUUCUAUGCUGCGGGUGCUAAGCUAGUGCUCUGUGGCCGGAAUGGGGAGGCCUUGGAAGAGCUUGCCAGAGAACUCUUUACUUCUCCUGCCACCAAGGUGCAGACCCACAAGCCUUACGCAGUGACCUUCGACCUCGCAGAACCUGAGACCACAGUUGCAGCAGCAGCAGAGAUCUUGCAGUGCUUUGGCCAUGUGGACAUACUCAUCAACAACGCUGGGAUCAGCUACCGUGGUGCCAUCAUGGACACCACCGUGGAUGUCGACAAGCGGGUCAUGGAGACAAACUACUUUGGCCCAGUUGCUCUAACGAAAGACGCGGCCUCCAAGCAUGCAAUGCAGGCAUUUUUUGACUGUCUGCGUGCAGAGAUGGAACAGUAUCAAAUUGAGGUGACUGUCGUCAGCCCCGGCUACAUCCAUACCAACCUGUCUCUGAAUGCCAUCACCGCCGAUGGGUCCAGAUAUGGAGUUAUGGACAAGACCACAGCCCAAGGACGAAGCCCUGAAGAAGUGGCCCAAGAUGUCCUUGCUGCUGUGGGGAGGAAGAAGGAAGAUGUGAUCCUGGCCGGUCUGCUGCCCUCUUUGGUCAUUUAUCUUCGAACUCUGGCUCCUGGGCUCUUCUUCAGCCUUAUGGCCUGCAGGGCCAGAAAAGAGGGUAAAUCCAAGAACUCCUAGUGCUGUGUCAGAUCCAAUAUAAAAGAGCUGGGGCAGAGAAGCCACCACUGCAGGGGACAUCUGCAUUUGUUGAGGCUUAAUGGAGAUCUGUCUCACAGUGGGAAAGAUGGCAGAAACCCUUCUCAGCAGACCCCUGCUGGCAGAGAAGGGCAACCAACACAGGCAGCAAGCUUCUUUCCAGGGGGGAGGGGUAACACUUAAGAAACUAAAAAUAUGAAAUAAAUGAACAGUAAGAGAGUCCUCAAGGA